AUGUAUCCUCAGCAAUAUAAUAAUAAGGACAAAAUACGUCCUCAUCAACACCCAGACAUUUUAUAUAUGGUACUAGAUAUUGUACCAAAUACAUUAAGAGCUAGGUCAUUAAGACCUAUACCUACACUCUUAGAGGGUAUCAUAGAGCAGAGCCUUUUGCUCCUACAUCUCCAAUCUGAUUAUUUGAAACCUCUCUUUGCCCACCCUCUCUAUAAACUCACCCAAGGGUCAAACUCACCCAACAAACCCACCCAAGGGCCAAAAAUUUAUCGACAAUAUCCCACUCAGCAGCCGAGUGGUCGAGGAAGUGAAGAAGGGGAAAAGAAUGGCGGAUGA